AGGGUUGCAUGCAUGACAGUCCGAAAAGGAGAAAAAAUGGCCAUAAGUAUUCAAGAGCAUAUGGCUAUUGAUGUCUGCCCAGGUCCUAUUAAACCUAUUAAACAAAUCUCUGAUUACUUCCCCCGUUUUCCUCGUGGUCUUCCAGCAGCUGUGAACCGCAACUCUGUGCAUUCCACUGUCAGCCAGCCCUCUAUCACCCAGUCAGAGGCUACAGAAGAGGACGAUGUGGACAAAUUAUUUGGGGCAUAUGGAGCUGCAUCUGCUGCACCUACCAAACAUGAAGAGGACACCGAGGCUGAAGGCUAUGAAUCUGAUGACUCCACCACCCUGGGUACAUUAGAUUUCAGUUUGCUGUACGACCAAGAAAACAAUGCUCUCCAUUGCUCAAUAAAUAAAGCAAAGGGUCUUAAGUCAAUGGACCACAAUGGACUGGCUGAUCCAUAUGUCAAAUUACAUUUACUCCCUGGAGCCAGUAAGGCCAACAAACUAAGGACAAAGACUUUACGGAAUACUUUGAAUCCAAUUUGGAAUGAGACUCUCACUUACUACGGGAUCACUGAUGAGGACAUGGUACGGAAGACAUUAAGAAUUUCGGUAUGCGAUGAAGAUAAAUUCCGUCAUAAUGAAUUCAUUGGUGAAACAAGAAUUCCACUGAAAAGAUUAAAGCCAAAUCAAACAAAGACCUUCAACAUUUGCCUGGAGAAACAGCUUCCAAUAGACAAAACAGAGGACAAAUCACUGGAGGAGCGUGGACGGAUUCUCAUCUCUUUAAAGUACAGCUCACAGAAAACAGGGCUUGUAGUUGGAAUUGCAAGAUGUGCACAUUUAGCAGCUAUGGAUGCAAAUGGCUACUCUGAUCCUUACGUAAAAAUCUAUUUGAAGCCAGAUGUGGACAAGAAGUCAAAACAUAAGACAGCUGUGAAAAAGAAAACACUUAAUCCAGAAUUUAAUGAGGAAUUUUGCUACGAAAUCAAGCAAGCAGAUUUGGCAAAAAAAACUCUGGAAGUAACAGUUUGGGAUUAUGAUAUUGGAAAAUCAAAUGACUUCAUUGGUGGAGUCACGCUUGGAAUUAAUGCAAAAGGUGAACGUUUAAAACAUUGGUUUGACUGUCUGAAGAGCAAAGACAAGAAAAUAGAGCGCUGGCACACGUUGACCAAUGAACUGCCAGGAUCUAUUCUCAGUGAUUGAUGCCACAUGUCCGUUGAGAACCUUGCUUUGCAACUCAGCACGUGACAAGUGAGCUUCUCCAAGAGCACGCAUAAAGACCUGUCUCAGAUAGGUUGGGCCUCUUGCACUUUUUGUUUCAGAACCAACACUCUCUAGGCCUCUUCACAGAUACCUAACUUUGCCUGGUAAUCUUAUGGCUUACAUAUUGGCUUCUGUAAAUGUUUACAUGCAUUUGUGUAUCUGAGCACUUGGGAUAAAUAUCAGAGCUGUACCU